AUGGCGGAUGCGCUUUGCGGCCCCUCAAAUGCUCUCCAGAACUUUCAGAAACAUUCCUCCGUUGAUAGGACUCUUCAACAAGACCGCAUACUUUCCCGCCAGUCGCCCGCUCAGGGGUUCCGAUCACAAAACCAUAAUGAUGGCGCCCUAGAUCCAGAAUUCAACGCAUUCGAAGCAGGUCUUCCCGGGCCUCCUCUUUCUGAUAUCCAACACCCUGCGUCGUUUUUGCCUCCAGCAGCCCAUGGACCGGCACUUAAUCAUAUUCAAAAUCCGGGGUGGGCGUCGGAUUUCCAAAACCUACAAAUUUCCAGUCCUUCCCAACAUGUAUCCCAACAACAAUUCCGGCCAGAGUCAUCUGCUAGCAGCUGGCAGAAUGACUUCAUGCGAGAAGUCCAUCAAAAACCCCAGUCUGAACCACCUGCAACACACACACCUCAAACGCCCUUUAGAUACGGCCCUGUUAUGGGUGUGAUGGGAUUUGGUGGGAUGAGCAGCCACCACCCAGUGUAUCAGGAUCCAUACCAGUCCCACGUGCAAGAACAUAAGGAACAAUUUGUCUUUGAUGAAUCCGCUUUCGAGGCAGCUUUUGCUGAAGCCCGAGCGGAGGUUGAACUUCAAGAGCAGAAAUCGCAAGAAGAGGGGACUACAGAGCCACUUGAGGUUCAGCAAACCAUUAGAAUAGGCUCAGACACCAUACGACCCCCGGAUGAGGGGACGAACGAAUCCGAUGAACUCGCCAAAACGGCCGGACAAUUACUCGACAGCGUCAGCCAUGACCAAAGCCAGAAAUUCAAAGAAAGCAACUUCCUUGCACUAAUGCGACAACUCCGCGAUCGCGAGGUCGUCAUCGACGGCGAUGAAUUCCUCCCAACGGCACAGCCACUCCAUCCUGGUGGUCAGUAUUAUCCCGAACAGAAAAGAGCCCAAGAAACCGAUACCGGAGCUGCUCCUAUUUUAAAGACCAUCGACAGUGGAACCAGCAAGUUGAGCGAUCUUGAACAAGCCACCACACCCUAUCCGAAAUCAAGGGUUCCUUACGAGAUGCCUGAUUCACAUCAACCAGUAUAG